AUUUAAUUAACUUUAUUUUCUCUAUAUAAAUUUAUUUUCUUGUCAUAUUGGGAGCCUUUCGAAAAUGUUAAGAAAAAAUUAUGUUGUAUACAUAUGUGAAUAGUGUUUAACAAAACGAAAAAUGGAAAGUUUGUGUCGAUAAAUUUUCGAAUAAAAAGUGAGACAUUGUAGCCAAUAGCGCAAAGGUUUUUUGCCUCAAAAAAUGUACACCAAAUAGUGUAAAAGUGAAGUGGAGCUACGGGUUAGAAACUACAGUUAAUCAAUUUAGUUCUAAAAACGGAUAACGCCAGCUAACAACAAAAUGGGACUUUUAAUUUCAAAAUUAUGGAGCAUGUUUGGCAAUGAAGAGCACAAAUUAGUGAUGGUUGGCUUGGAUAAUGCUGGCAAAACCACAAUACUCUAUCAAUUCCUUAUGAAUGAAGUCGUACACACCAGCCCCACAAUCGGCUCCAACGUGGAGGAGGUGGUGUGGCGGAAUAUACACUUUCUGGUGUGGGACCUGGGCGGACAGCAGAGUUUGCGCGCCGCCUGGAGCACGUAUUAUACAAACACAGAGUUUAUUAUUAUGGUUAUCGAUUCGACGGAUCGCGAACGCUUGGCUGUUACGCGGGAGGAACUGUAUCGUAUGCUACAGCAUGAAGACCUCUGCAAAGCCAGUCUAUUAGUUUAUGCAAAUAAACAGGAUCUCAAGGGUGCUAUGUCAGCUGCGGAAAUUUCACGUCAAUUGGAUUUAACCUCGAUUAAGAAACAUCAAUGGCAUAUACAGGCGUGUUGCGCGCUCACCGGCGAGGGGCUUUAUCAGGGGCUCGAGUGGAUCGUGCAGCGCAUCAAAAAGAAAUGACAGACGUCAAAUAUGGACUGCGAUAGUAUAUAGCUAAUUAAAUAAUACAAUUUUAUAUAUGUAUGUAUGUAAAGAAUCUUUAUGCUAACAAAAUGUCAAAAAAAAAA